AUGGGGAGUUAUAGUGAAGAGCGUGAGGAUCAAUUUUAUGAUACCCGUGAGGACCUGUCUUCUGUUUCGGAUUGGGGUUCAGAUGGUUGUGAUGAAUUUAGUUCUAGUACUUCAGGUUUCUUGAGGUAUGAUGAGGUUUGGGCUAAGAACCUUGAUAGUGUUCAUGAGCGCCGCCAUAAGUUCCUGCAGUGGAUGGGUUUAGAUUUGGAUCGGAAUUUAAUCAUGGAAGAAGAAGCAGGAGAUGACUGUGCUGAAAAAAUUGAAAUGAGUAUUGAUAGAAUAAAAGAAGAUAGCUGUGUGGUGUUGAGAACGUCGGGAUUGGAAGAGGUGUCUUGCUCAAGUCAGUCCACAGCAUCUGCUCUGUCAAAUGAAGCUCGGGAGUCACUAGGAAAUGGUGCUUUGGAUGAGAAUUUUCGAUGUGCAGUGAGGACUUUAAAUCAGAGAAUGGAUAUCAUUGUGAAUGAAUUGGGUCAGGAUGGAAGGCUUUGCAGAUUAGGUCAAGUGGGACUAAAUCAAUUGGUUAGUGUUGAGGAGAUUCAUACAAACCAUGCACCAGCACCAUCUCCUUCAAUUCAGCAAUUGUUGCAGAGAGAAGUUGAUAAUGCUAGGUUCUUUCUUGAUGCGAAAAAGAAAGUUAAAAGGGGAUGGUUAAGGAAAUUAGGAAUUGGGAUGUGCGCUGUUGAUAAACAUGAGGCUGCAUUGAGCCCCAUCAGUCGUAAAUCUGCUUCAGGAACAGGUAUGCGAAGAGUCCGAGUUUAUCCAAGUAAAAAACGGACCAAAGAACUGUCUUCACUUUAUGCGGGGCAAGAUUUUCCUGCUCAUGAAGGUACAAUUUCGUCUAUGAAGUUCAGUCUUGAUGGGAAAUACUUGGCAAGUGCUGGUGAAGAUGGUGUCGUGCGUGUGUGGAAGGUGAUCGAGGAUGAGGGAUUCAACAAAUUUGAUAUUUCUGGUGAUCCUUCUUCUUUAUACUUCAAAACAAAUCCGUUUUCUAAGUUAGACUCUCCAAAUGUGGAUAAAGAUAAGGCGCAGAGAUUGAGAUCAUCGGACUCAACAUGUGUCAUUUUUCCUCCAAAGAUAUUCCGUUUAUUGGAGAAGCCUGUUCAUGAGUUUCGGGGACACAGCAGGGAGGUCUUAGAUCUCUCAUGGUCAAAGAAAGGGUUUCUGCUCUCAUCCUCUGUUGAUAAGACAGUUCGUCUAUGGCAAGUAGGAUGUGACAGAUGCCUGAGAGUUUUCUCUCACAAUAAUUAUGUGACAUGCGUUAAUUUCAACCCUCUGGAUGAUAAUUACUUCAUCAGCGGUUCAAUAGAUGGAAAAGUUCGCAUCUGGGAAGUUAUUCGUUGUCUGGUUGUUGAUUAUAUUGAUGUUCGUGAGAUAGUCACUGCUGUAUCUUAUCGUCCUGAUGGAAAGGGAGGAAUCGUUGGUUUUGUGACUGGAAACUGCUGUUUUUAUAACAUCAUAGAUAAUCAUCUGGAGUUGGAUGCUCCGAUAAGCAUACAGGGCAAGAAGAAGUCACCUGGAAAACGGAUAACUGGCUUUCAGUUUUCUCCAAGCAACCCAAGCCAAGUUAUGGUGACUUCUGCUGAUUCAGUAGUCCGUGUAAUUUAUGGGGUUGAUGUCGUCUGCAAAUUUAGGGGUCUUCGAAAUGGUGGAAACCAUAUGUUAGCAUCUUUUACCUCAGACGGAACGCACAUCGUCUCAGCAAGCGAGGAUUCAAAUGUUCACAUCUGGAACUAUAAUAGCCAGGACAUGACCUCUUCACGACCGAGGAACAUAUGGUCUUGUGAGAGUUUUGUGUCCCACAACUCAAUGAUUGCUAUACCUUGGAAUGGUGAGAACAGCAUUCCAGGAACACUUCCAUCCCCUAGAUUCACUGGGGACAUGCAGGGAAGUAGCCUUGAUAAUCAGCCGAAGCAUCUCAGUUUCGAUGAGAAAGUAGAACAGAAAAUGCACCUCUCUUCACCCGAUUGCUUCUCUUUGGGUCGUGGGUUUUUGUUGGAGGCCUUGCAAAAGGGCACUGCAACUUGGCCUGAGGAGAAACUUGUAAAUUCAAGUCCGGUGGCCGUCUCCCCAACAAUGUGUAGAUCCGACUACAAAUUUUUGAAGAGUGCUUGUCAGAGCAUGUCUGGUCCUAAUUCGUGGGGCCUUGUGAUCGUCACUGCCGGCUGGGACGGACAUAUUAGAACCUACCACAAUUACGGUACACCUAUUCGUCGUUAA